AAAAAAAGAAACAGUGGCCGAAAAUUGUUUACCCCAGAUGUUAAAAUUGAAACAUCAUAGUUGUUCUUUGCUAUGUGGAAAUGAACUGCUCUUUUGCUCAACGGAUGCUUUUGUGGUAUGCAGGUUAACAUCGGCGGAGGCGUUUUGGUUGAGAAAACGCUCCUGGAGCGCCUCCAUUCUCACUGCAGUGGGCCUACAAAGUUCGCCAGGCAUCUUCUCCGGAGUGUUUUUACUCUGGAGGAGAUGCGUGGCAAAUCGCUCUUCGGGAAGGGCAGCAAUGCCAAUAAGAAUGCCGAAGUUAAGGAGGCACUGGACCCAGUCAGGGUCAACGCAGUGAUCGGCUACACAUGCAGCAAGUUUUCCACUUCAACACUGCAGCUGAAGAAUAGCUUGUCGUCGAUGUUGGCACGAGAGCUCAGGUGAUGUGCUGCGCACACGAAGUAUUUAUAAUAU